UUCCACCAUCACUGGUCGCUAGUAUGGCGGCUCACCACCUCCUCCUGUCCGUGGCCAUCGUCACCGUCGCGUUAUUCGCUUCCCCCGCCGCAGGAGAAUACCCGUGGCUAAUUUGCAGCUCCAGCACCUACACGGCCAACAGCAGGUACGAGAAGAACAUCUACCGCAUCGGUGCCAUCCUCCCCAAGAAGGCCUCCCAGUCACCGGACCUCUUCGCAACCGCCCAGGUCGGCGCCGUUCCGCAGCAAGUCUGGGCUCUCGCGCUCUGCCGCGGCGACGCCAACGCCUCCUACUGCUUCACCUGCCUCGACCAGGCCUUCCGGGUCCUGCCGGACGCGUGCUCCUACAGAAGGUCCGCCACCGUCUUCUACGACUCCUGCGUGGCCCAGUACUCAAACAUCCGUUCCCGCCCCACCGACGACACAACAUACAACCCGACGCGCCCGACCCUCUUCAACAUUAACGCCACGGUCGAGCCGGCCAGGUUCCAGCGCGUCGUGGCGGCGCUCAUCAACGCCACCGUGAACUACGCCGUGUACAACUCCACGCGGCUGUACGCGUCCGGGGAGGCCGACUUGGACCAGGAGUUCCCCAAGGUGUACGCCUGGGCGCAGUGCACGCCGGACCUUACGCCGGAGCGGUGCCGGGACUGCCUCGUCCAGAACAUGGAGUAUCUGCCGACGACGUUCACCAGCUCUAUUGGAGCCAGGCUUCUUGGGGUGAGGUGCAGCUACCGGUACGAGACGGUGCCCUUCUUUGAUGGACCGGCCAUGGUGCGACUGCCAGGAACGGCAGCCAGCUCCCGAGGACCGGCCUCUGCGCCGGCUGUGACGCCAGCGACGGCGGCCGGAGAAGGGAGAAAGUACAGUGCUUCUGCUUUGGUUCUUAUAGUUGCUCUUCCUACUAUAGCUGUCAUAAACCUUGUCGCUUGCUUCCUUCUCUGGAGAAGGCGGCGGACACUAGAACAAGAAAAACAGCCAAGUUAUUAUACCGAAGACGAGGACAUCGAUAGUGUAGAGUACAUGCUGAUUGGUAUCUCAACACUCCGUUCUGCAACCGGGGAUUUUGCGGAAAUCAACAAGCUCGGCGAAGGCGGAUUUGGUGCGGUGUACAAGGGUACUCUGCCGAACGGCGAAGAAAUAGCAGUGAAGAGACUGUCAAGGAGCUCAACUCAAGGAGUGGAGGAGCUGAAGAACGAGCUCGCCUUGGUUGCCAAGCUUAAGCACAAGAACCUGGUCAGGCUUGUCGGCGUCUGCUUGGAGCAGCAGGAGCGGCUGCUCGUCUACGAGUUGGUCUCAAACCUGAGCCUCGAUAAGAUCCUAUUCGACACCGAGAAACGUGAACAGCUUGACUGGGGAAAGAGGUUCAAGAUUAUAAAAGGAAUCGCUCGAGGUUUGCAGUACCUCCAUGAGGACUCCCAGCUCAAAGUAGUACACCGUGAUCUGAAAGCUAGCAACGUCUUGCUUGACACCAACAUGAACCCCAAGAUCUCAGACUUUGGCCUCGCCAAGCUCUUCAGGCGAGAUCAGACGCAGGGCGUCACAAACCAUAUCGUCGGAACAUAUGGAUACAUGGCGCCAGAGUACGUGAUGCGCGGAAACUACUCGGUGAAAUCAGACGCUUACAGCUUCGGGGUCAUGGUUCUGGAGAUCGUGACUGGGAGGAAGAACAACAACUGCGAUACCCAACAAUCCGAAGAUCUCUUGACUACGACAUGGGAGCACUGGACGGCCGGGACAGUGUUGGGUAUGAUGGACCAGUGCAUGAGAAGCAGCUUCUCGGAAAGCGAAGUGUUGAGAUGCAUCCACGUAGGGCUUCUGUGCGUCCAGGGUAACCCGACGGACCGUCCGUUGAUGUCGUCGGUAGUCAUGAUGCUCGGGAGUGAAACCAUCUCCCUCAGUAGUCCGUCCAAGCCGACGAUCUAUGGAAGGGACAAUGCUGGUGCCAACUCGGGCAUGGUGUUCGGGUCAAACUUUUCUGUGCAUGAUGGUCCUCGAGAGUCCAUUUAACAAAUUCAGCUGAUGCCCACCUGUUUGAUAUCGCUCCUUUCUUGAAUGCAAAGCCACUAUGAAAAAUA